AUGGGUGAAUUGAUCCGUAUCCGCGACUCGCUUUAUGUGCCGCAGAAUAUCAAUUUCGUUAAGAACCGGGGAAGAUUCGGUAUUAUGGCUAACACACACUUUGAGGGAAGUGUACCGCUUUGCACUGUAGACCGGAGACGCAUAGGAUUUGCCAACCUCUUAUCCCAGAAAAGCCAGAUAGUGAUCCAGGCUUUGCAAUAA